GGGUUUCAAUUCUUAAUUGCUUCAAGAGAAUCUAGCAUUGUCCUGGGUGCCAAGAUGGUCGCACAAGGCUUCACUGUGGAUUUGAACAAGCCACUUGUUUUCCAGGUCGGCCAUCUUGGAGAAGAUUAUGAGGAAUGGGUACACCAGCCUAUUGUUUGCAAAGAAAGCCCCCGAUUUUUCGAAAAUGAUCUUCUAGAGUUUUUAACACUUAAUACCUGGUGGGUGAUUCCUCUUGUGUGGCUUCCUGUUGUAUGCUGGUUCGUCAAGUCAUCUGUGAAUAUGGGCAUUUCUUCAAAUCAGUUAGCUGCAACGAUCGCUGCAGGCAUCUUUAUAUGGACAUUGCUGGAGUACACUCUGCAUCGCUUUCUUUUCCACAUUAAAACCAAAACAUACUGGGGAAAUACAAUUCACUACCUUCUUCAUGGAUGCCAUCACAAGCACCCAAUGGAUGGAUAUCGACUUGUUUUUCCUCCUGCUGCAACUGCAAUCUUGCUUGUGCCAUUCUGGAACCUGAUUAAGCUCCUAACACCAACACUGUAUGCCCCGGCUCUACUUGGAGGUGGCUUGUUGGGAUAUGUUAUGUAUGAUUGCACUCAUUACUUGCACCAUGGAAAGCCAUUGCAAGGAGUCUCUAGUAAAAUGAAGAGAUACCACAUGAACCAUCAUUUCAGAAUUCAGGACAAGGGAUUUGGAAUCACUUCAACCUUUUGGGAUAGGGUUUUUGGAACACUUCCACCCAAAUCAGGCAAAAAGCUUAGGUGAAAUGAUGUAAUAAUUCUGGAGGAAAUAGUUGAUAUAUACAUGCAUGUAUGUAUUCUCAGGUGCUGGAGUUUCUUGAAUGGAUCCUAGACCUAGCUUUGACAUGGAAUGCAUGCCUAGGCUAUUAUGUUGGAGCAAA